AUGCUGCUAAUCUUAAUUCACUUCUUUGAUUUUUCAUUUUCAUAUACAGUAUCUCACCGAGUUUUACCCUCCCUUGUGCUUAAGUGGGAGUCAAAGUUGCUGUCUGAGUCUCCAGCUAGACUUCAGCAGAUUUCCAACCCCCAAAUUCCUCCUGGGCUGACAAACGUCAACAAAGACCCCGAGAGACACCAAAGAGAGGUGCGCAGUGAAGUGGAGCCUCAUUGUAUUGGCUCAUUAUGGGGUCCCGCAGUGAGGAAGAAGCUAUUUUGUAGCACCACAAGGUCAAUAUCUGAAAGCCAGGGCGAUGGAGGGGAUCAGCCGUGAGAUUUUUAAUUUGCAAAAGCGUAAAGGGGCUUUCCUAGUGAAAGACAGUCUGUGAAUUCUAAUGGACUGUACAGACAAGAGCCUUGUACAGACAAAGUGUUGAGUUUGAAAAUGUUUUUCUCCAUGUUUUAGAGUAAUAUGAAACACAACUAUUCCAUGAACUGAAAUCUCUAUGAAACAACCUUGAAGUGCAGUUAUGUCUGUAUUCAAGGAAAUCAGAUAAGUAUUCAUAGUUACAUGCCAAACUCAUCUAAUCAGUUUUUCAGUUGCAGUUAAAUGUGAAUAUCUGUUCCACACUGUAUUUGAUAUUCACAUUCAACAACUGAUUUUAAAAUUAGAUGGGAUAUUUCUAUUCUCCCUGGAUUCACUUUCCCAGGAAUUUUGAUUUUACUUCCAAAUAGAUGUGAAAGGGGAGCUGUCACACUCUAUUAUGGUGACCUCAAUGAUACUGUGCCCUGUCCAAAUCCAGCGGUUUUCCAUAACAAUGCAAAUUAAAGGGUGCAAAGCAGAAGGAGACAAGACUUGUUAUUUUCCACUCAAAGGACAGAAGGUCUUUACAACAAACUUGUCUGUACGUCUCGUGUAUUCUUUGACACAAUUCAAAUCCAACUUGGAAGUUGUUUUGUGAGGGACAAUGAGUUCCUGAACUCAGAAAGAUCAGCAACUAUUUGGGGAAAAAUGGUACUGGAGCUUGGCAUCCAUGUUGUGGAUCUGAGUUAUAUAAUCUUGUAAAUAAUUUAUUUAAAGCAGUAAAUGAUGUAUUUGGUUUGAAUGUUAAAUACAUCUGAGACUUCUCUAUGAAAGUUUCAGCUGCUUUUUUAGGAUGAAGUAAAAUGUCACCUGAAACAUCUUGUAGCUUUUUGAUUUGAUACUCGUGAACCAAUUUUAGUUAGAUUUCCAUAACAUACCCCCCUAUUUAUGCAUAAUAAUAAAGAUAUAUAUUUUUUGCUGUUUGCCCAGCAAUAAAAAAGUUUUGAGAAGCAGUCUCAUUAAAGUAAGAGACAAUUUAGUCAAGUGUAACUUAAUAAUUACCUUGCAUGUGCUGAUAAAUUGGCUGUUGCAUAAGUUAACUGUAAACAUGUGUCAUAUUGAUAAGCUUUUCAAGUUAAUUUACAUGGCAAUUUCAAAGUGUAAAAAGAAUUCAGAGUAUUUUAGCAAGUUGAUUCAAAGCAACGUGGCGUCAAAUCAACUGUGUAAUUCACCAACAGGUUCGAGGUAACACAAUAUUUCUGUAAUAAAUAACACCCUGUAAUUUUCCCACAGAGAAUAGUCUGCAGUCAGUGACCCACAUCUCAGUGCAAUGAACUGUUUAACUCAGGCUGUUGUUUUAUUCAGUGCUCUGUCAACAGACGGGUAAAGAGGAGGCAGGGAGGCGGGGUUUAAUCCUCAUUGGCCAUUGUGAUUGGAUACUAGAUUUGGCUGCUCUUUCCGAUUGGCUGCCGGCGCUGUCACUCUGGAUCUGUUAUCGCUGCUUCCCGCGCCAUUUGACGUGCACGCGCAGGACAAGCAGGCACGUAACCGUUGGGAGACUGUCUGGAGUCUGUCUGAAAUUGAUAAAAUUGAGGAUGGAGUUUUCCCUCUGUUUGAACCUGUACGAGGAAGCCGCCUACUGGAAAUGGUAUUUUUUUGCUCACCUCCUCAAACGCCUUCGCCCUCGAGACGCCAGGCUCGGCUGAAAUAUUUUUAGACAAACGCUGUGAAAGUUUUUUCUCCUGCAGUCUGUCAGCAGACGGCUCUUUAUGUACAGGUAGGUAAGGCAGACGCCGGAGUGCAAGUUGGCCUGCAAACCAUUGAUACUGUAGCGUUACACACUCGCUGUAAUAUGUAUAUUUGUGACUGUUAGCCGCACGUUUUCGUCAAAAAAAGACGGCUCGCUAGCUUAAAUGUUAAUAUUCCGGCUCUACGGUAAUAAACUGCAACUUGCCAGGUUGUGUUCUGCUGUGAAAAUAAUGCGCAUGAUAGUCGGGUGUAUUUUUAAUUUUUUAUAAGGAGAAUUUCACGCUGUAGCUGUCUUGUUUUGAAGGCUCGACCUCAUUCACACUACUUCAGGAGGUUGCGCAGGUGACGCACCUUUGCUGACGUGAGGUUGUUGAUUAACCCCACGCGCGCUCGAGCUACCUGUUACUCAGCAGACACCUGAGGGAGAAUUUAGCUGAAUGUAGACUCAUCAAUUCUUGAUUUGACCCUUCCAGCAAAGCCACCAAAACACUUAUUGGAAACAAAACACAAAACAAUACCCUGUCAGACACACGUGCAGCUAAUUAAUACAGAUAAAUUCACGUGAGGCCCCGAGGUAAGCUUAAAUGAACCGUGUGUGGUAUGUUCAUGUGCCCUUUCCUGUCCUUGUUCAGGCUCUGCAGGGGAGCAGCCAUCAGCCCUAGAGUUCAAGAGGAGAGCACCAUCCAGUAUGCAGCCUGCCUGCCUGCGCCAGCUCAGAAAGGUUAGUUGCAGUACACUUGGUGGAUUCUGACAGGAGUUGUGUUUUCAGUUUUGAAGAGUCAGAGUUGUGAAGUGAUGCUGCAGAUGGGAUGGUUUGUUAGACCAUUGCUUUCUCUCUUUUGACAAGACUAUAUUCCACCACAACAACUUAAUAAACAUAUUUUUUCUUUGAACCAUUAUCUCAAGAAGUAUUUGAGUCAGUUAUUUGUCAUACUGUAUUUAAAGAAAUUGCUAAGUAUGUUAACGUAUUUUUUAUCUAGGUGCAGUGUCACCCUUGAGAAGUUGUUUUCAACUCAUUUUCUUCUUGUAGAGCCCUGCGUAUUUGCGUUUUUUUCAAAACUUUGAAAUCAUCAAAUAUCUUCACCAGAUCUAAUUCACACCACAGUUUCCCCACACGUAUUGAGAGCCUGAAAAUAAUUCUGUUCCCUAUUUAAAUCAUUUGAAAUUUGCCUUUUAUCACAUAGAAACUGUAAAAGGUUAAAUAUAUGUUUGAACUGAAAAAAGAGUUGAGGUCAAGUGUCCCUGAUCGACUGCUGCUUUCGACCUGUCUAGACGCUUUUGCUCUGUCACUGCAGUAGUCUGCAGACACUGUAGUCAUAUGACUUGGGGGGAGCCUUCCUCCCUCCUCUCAGUGUCUGCUCUUUUUGGCCAAGAUGGCUGCUAUAGCAUUGUUGUUGUAACCCAUGACAUAUAUAGGUUGAUGUGAGCAUAAAAAAACAUCUGAUCUGACGCAUGUCGAUGAAAUGUAUUUUGACAAGUCUGCAGCUGCUUAAGCAUACUUAGCACAGGAAACGGCCGGUGAAUGUUAACUCGUGGAUUGAGUUUGCUAACAUUUUUAUCAUUAAUUUAUCGAGAUGAUUACUCAUCACCAAAGUUUGGUUAACAUGUUUACAAAAAAAAAAGACAGCAUCCUCAGGUUAUUAAGUAAUUUUUUGACUUGAGAGUAGCUUCGUCUUGAUUUAUUUCUCUGUUGUUUCAUAAUUGUUUGCUACUGGGGUGUGCGGUAGCCAUUUUGUCUGAUUCAUCACUCCUCGGGUGCCCUGAAACUCUUUUGUGAGCAACCUUGCUGUCUCUGCAUAUUAUGUAAAAUCUUUUGGUCAUGAAAUAUUUUUUCUUUUAAAAUAUGGUAUGUGCAGUUUGUUUUCUCAGUGAUAAAACACACAAAUUUACAUACAUUUUUAAGCUAAACAUAACAAACUCUUUCUUGUCUUUUACGAGAUAUCAUAAUUAAGUCCUUUCCCAUUAUGACCAAUUAUUGCUCUGUACAUUUCAUUUUCAUAGACGUAUUUAGGACUACUCAGAUAAUAACUAAAUCUGUUAAGUAUGGAUGCAUUAAAUCUCAGUUGUAGUUGUAAUAGGUUUCUUCUCGGGCCUGUAAUGCCAGAUAACAAAGCCUUGUUGCUGUAGAGUCACUUAAGUGAAGUAAUGAUAGCCAGGGACGCUUGUGUUUAUGUCAUCACUUGUGUUUAUGAGAGUUAUUAAGAUGAUACGGCUCUCCAUUUUGUGUAAAAUUUACAGUCUGGUGAAGCAGUCUCAGUGUUUCUCAAAGCUUUAGAAUAGUAUAGUUAGUACCAAGCAACACCUGUGUUUUUAAAAAGGGAAAGUAGCCGCAGUAGUUUUUGGCAAUAUUAGCAUUGGCCUCCUUAAGUGCCUCCAGCAUAACUCUGACUUCCCAAGUUAGUUUCACUCACUGAGUCUGUGAUGUUUAUCUGUUUGCUGUAUCAGUGACCAGCCUGGACAGAUCUCUUCAUUAUCUCCUACUUAGUGCAUACUCGUCUUCCCUAAGACAGCUUCUUUAGUCUCGUCUUAUUGUCUAAUUGUGUUCAAGUGCUCGCUGGUUAUGCUGAUUUUACUAAGGUGUACUGUGCCAUUUGGACUACAGGAUAUCUUUGCAGGCUUUGCCAAACCUUUUUCAAUGCCUGAAAAAAAAGAUCAAAAUUACAGUUAAGAGCAGGAAGAAAACAUGUAAAAUAGGGUUUUGGUCAAAAAUUUCUUGGCUCAAGUCGUCCUGAUUUGUAUUACAAAACAUGAAAUCAUUUCUAAAAUUGUUUUAGAAUUUCAAUCCUUUUUGUAUCAGUGACUUAUUUUAUCUAAAUGUGUUCCCUGAAUUGUAAAUCCAAUCUCUCUGUAGAGCAAUUCCUUUUUUUUCUUUUGGCGACUUAAAUAAGAUAUGAUCUGUUUGAAAGUAUUUAAAGCAAUUUAAACAAAACAGGCUCUAUUGUUUGUUUUCAAGAAAGCAUAGUAAUGUAAACAGUUUUGGAAUUUAAAUUGUUUUAGCGAUUCUUGCCUUUACAAUAUACUAUUUAUUUAGAAUAACUUUUGAAUGCCACUAAUCUUUAUUGCAUAACCUGCUAAGUGUGCAGACCCAGAGCAAAGUAAAACAUAUUUCAAUGAAAUACUACUUAUGUUAGUUUUUUUUCUACGGUAUUUAUAUGAUUCUAUGUCUUUGCGAAAAGCACUUUGCCAAGCUGCCGUGGUGUCUUACCAUAAUUUUUUCCCUUUUGUCUUCCACAGGUGAUCCUUGGAUUCAUGCAGUCUGUCAUACCUUCACGCCUUCGACACUUCAGUGUGUCCGCUCUAAUGGUAAGAUUUGCGUUGACCUGUUCAUUAAAGCACAUUUGGGCAUGUUAAAAGCUGAGAAAAGCAAUUUGAGGAAUGCUUUAAGGUGCUGCAGUGAGAGAAUGUGAUUGCCUGAGGGAAAUAUUAGUCUGCUGCACACACCAGUAUUUACAGAGGUUGAACUCUAGCUUGAAAACGCCAAUUCAACAUGAUGUGAUGGUGAAAAAUGGCUAAUCACAUUCAACGCUGUCAUUCACUCGUCAGUUGAAAUCAUUUUUAUUAACAUACAUUUGUGAUCUCUUCAUAAGAUAACCAUGGAUAUGGAUCUUGUAACUUUCACUUGAAGCUAAGCCGGAAAAUGCUGAUGCAAGAAGCGCUCUGAAUUCUUAUCCUGCAUUUCUAUUGGCUCAUUGUCUCCACCCACAGUGCAGUCACGAGGUCUAACAUCAUGAUGAGGUCUUGAGAGAACAGGCUUUCAUCUGGGCUCUAAUGCUGCCUGAGCUGUAAUGAACAGAUUUCUUGGUUUAUUUCUGUGCACAAACAGAGUAAAAUUUAAGAAUGCUUCAAAGCAUUGUUCGGCACAGUAGCGGCACCUGCCUUUGUCUGUUGUAAAUGGUGGCUUGUUUAUUUCAGCAGCCUCUGCUGCGUAAUGACGCAGUUUCCUUUGACAUUGGCGUGGCAUAUUUUAAAUCAAGGCCUUCACUGUAUUUUAAGGAGCCUACUGGCAGUGUGCCAAAACAUGGAUCCAUUUACCCGAUCCUUCCUAAGAGCACAACUGCACAGCUGUGACCCUUUGCCAGGCCUAGCAUCGAUAACUCAAAGCCAGCAGCGUCCAUUUUAGGUUCAGGCAUGGCAAAAGAGAUGGGUUAUCAUUUAGAAAAAGAAGUCUGAACUCACUGCGAAAAAUCCUGUUGGAAAAUGGGCCAGAUUUUUUUGAGGAAAAAUGACUUUUGGGUGCAGUUUUGGAAAUAGAAACUAAAUAAUCAUGCAUGUGUAAAAAAAAAAAAAAGGAGUGUUUUUAAUUGCAUUUAAAAAUUUACACUUUUGGAUCAGCGACGCGCAAUUUAUUUUUCUUUAGCGUUUUUAUUUUGAAAUAUUCUAUUUAAAUUUCGUACCUUUUUUAAACAAUCGUACAGCUACCUUAGAUGGAACAAAUAACAGUGAUUUAUAAUAAAACGUUGUGAAGCAGCAUUUACAGUUAAUGUGUUUAAAUACGUCAAAAACAUUAAUCAUAUCAGAGAAAAUGUUUGCAGAAAAAUUAAAGAUGAUGGUGCAUGAUUUGUGCUGUUUAUUCAGUAGUUUUUUCAGCAAACAGUGUCCAAGCCAGAACUUUGCCUAAACAGGAGUAAGUGAGAGCUGUGCUUCAAUGAAAAAUAUCAAAGAAAAUAUUGUGAAACCUUUUGAUUUUAGAAUUUGAAUUUUUUUCAAACUUAAUAUUAGACAAGUAUCUUUCUAUAUAAUUUGAUUGCGUUUAAUUUUUUUUUAAAUUAAUAGACACAGAAAUAAAAUCAAUUUAACAAAAUGCAAUUUGGCAUUUUAAACAUUAUCUCAAUAUAAAGUAUUAUUUUCGGUAUCUAACCUAAGGCAAAUAACAACAUGAAAACGAUGUCGCUUUAUUUUGUUUCAUAUUAACAUUUAUGACCAGCAAAUAUUUUCUAGUGAGCUCAUCUUAAAAUUGAGGAUUUUCCGAUGCCAUUUUAUUGUUUCACUAAUUAAAUUGAAAUGUAUUCGCCCUUUUAUACUCUUAAUGAAAAUUAAACCUUUUUCAAGCAGUAUUAUUUUCACAUCAAAAUAUACGUUUUUUUUUACACUUAAUUAGAAUUAAAGCAAUCAAAGAUUUUUUUAAUGCAGUAUUUUUUUCGCGUCAUAAUAUAAUAAUUGAAGGUAGUAAAAAUUAAUCUUUAUAUCCUCAUGAUAAAGAAGCUAUAGGUGUAAGUUGAAGCUUAGGUUUAAAAUUCUACCAUUGCAGCAUUAUUCAAAAGUGCUGUAUAUCACGUUGUCGAACUUGACCCACUGAGAGGUUUAGGUGACCUUUACCUUCUUGAAUAUCUGCUUUUGCACUGUUGAUACUUUGUGAGACAGGCAGACUGUGUACUAAUGCCACAUAACACAACAGUGGCUGUCAGUAACAGAGUAAGCUGGGCCUGUGCUCUGCUGCCAUGAAAUAGAGAAAGUAGAAAAAGCAGUUGGGUUUGUCCAUGUGUUGUGGAGUCAGGUUUGAAAUACCAAACCUGUUUUGAGUUUUGAUGUCAUUGAUUUCUCUGCACUCUCAGAUCUAUUGGCCUUUUGAUAGAUGGUACACAACAAAAAGAAAAGUUUCCUUUGCAUUGUUGCAAGUCCCAUGAAUCCACGCUAGCAGUGUGGCAUUUCUUGUGUAGUAAUCAAGAAAACUAAAUUACUCCUGCUUUAGUCAGAAUCAUGAUUGAAACUCUGGCUGUAUAACAUUGAUACUCUUAUUGAAACUUCAGUCGAAGCUUUGGCAAGAUACUAUUUUUUUUUCGUUGUUUAGACCUCAGACUGGAGCCGAUCAGUUACAGCUGAGUCUUUUUCCUUUAUUACAGUAUUCAUGAUGCACUAAUAUAAAAAAAAUGACACGAGUGACUCGUUUAUCAUGUGGAUUUUGCAAAACAUCUUGUUCUUUGCUCAAACACAAUUUCUGAGGUAUGAAAUUGAUCUUUUGUGAACAACAAGAUCUUAGCCUGGAUAGCAGACCUUUGUUUGUCAUUAACAGAACUACAACACACCACUUAAAGCCUGAGCAGGGAUUUUGAUUUUCAGGUGCAGCAAAAAUAUCAGUAUCAACUUUACAACAUCUCAUGAUUUUUUAGAUCCCUCUGAGGAGAGGGUAGCCACCCUGAUAUUGCUCUGUAUUGUAAAUGAUAAAUAUCAAAAUCAUGCUUAAUUUUGGGCCUUUCAAAAGGUAAGUAAAUAACUUACUUUCUGUUACUGCAGAUUUCUGAUAACGUUGUUUUUGUUUUUACCGCUAGAUGUGCACAUGAAGCAUGCCCACUCCCACUCAGUUGUGUUGCAUUGACAGCUUCAGCAAUACUUCCUGUUUUAGUUUGACUGUAAAUCCACCACUGACUUUUCAAUGGUUUGUGCUCUUCUAUAGCACUCUCAUAAACGGUACAAAGAAAGCUGUAGGCCUGGGUGACCACUGUUUGAUGGCAGUGCAAGGCUGCAUGCCUGCUUUAACCCAGCAGCAGCCUGAACAAGUACUUACUCUUUGGGAAGAAACUUUUGGCCUGAGAUGAACUUCUGCUGUUUUACUUUAUUCUGAAAUCCUGAGCGCAUACCACUGGACUGAGGUCUGGGAAUGAGGGGGAGAAGUCCAGCUAAAGUUUCUGAUUUCUAAAAAAAAAAAAACUUAGUCAAACAGUUAUGUAAAAGCAUUAUAUAUGCAGUGAUUAUUUGUAUUUUUUAAUAAGAAAAAAAGGACUUGGAGAAAGUCAAAUUGAACAUUGCUGAGGUUGCUCUUGUUGAGUAUGGCUUAGUAGUCAUCCUAUCCCGCUCUGCCUCACUUUCAGAUGAGGUUUCGACAGACCUAACCAUGCUGAGCUUUGAUUUGAGAACAUCGAGGAUGCAGUUUUCUUGGAACCCUAUGAUGGCAAUAUAAAGUUUGACAUAGAAUAUAAGAAUUUUAGAGCUUGAAAAACAAACAUCUAAUCCUGACGUUACAUUGUGCUCGAAUAUCUGACUCAAUUCAUGGUUAAAACGUAAAGUAAAGAUUCCACUCCUCUGAGUUGCAAUGUGUUUUUUUUUCUGUUUAACUGGGGUAGCUUAAAUGAUACUGUGGCAUGAUAAGGGAUCUUAAUGUUAGUUACAAUUACCCAAAGACAAACUGUAAAGUUUUGUGUGUUUUGUCCAGGCUCUUGUCUUGUUGAGUCUGAGUUGUCAAAGUAAUGUCACAGCAACAGUUGUGAGAAAAGAAAAAGUCUACUUUAGUGUUUUCUUACGAACCCAGAGAGCCCAGUAUUUUGUCAUCAUCCCUUUUGUGUAUAAAUUAUGUUCUUGCAAAGGGGUUUGAGUGUAUAAGUUCUUUAUUCUAUGUUAUUCAUUUCUGUCAUUUUUCUUGUAUAACAUUUCUGUCAAAUCCAAAAGCAUUUAAAUUUCCCCAGUUUCAGGAGCUUUACUGAAACUUUCCUUCAAAGUUGGAUAUGUGAGUCUUGAGGGUGUUCUUGCAUUUUUCCCUAAUUGGGGCUUAUUCUAACACACCUGGAGUACCUGCGCUUUCUCUGCCAUUUGACCUUUUUGUGAAUUAAGACGGUAAGGCAGAGUUUGAGCUCGUCAACCCCGCGGUACAUCAUAGCAAGGGGAGGCUGCAGCAUGACUAAUUAGUAAAUCUCACUUCUCUCUAAGGUAAAAAAAAAUGAUUUCCUUUGCAGGGAGGUUGGGGGCUGAUGAGUAAAUACCCACCUGCACAUAGCUGGAGUAACCUAAUAAGUCUCCCUGGACUUUGAAAGUGAAUAUUUCAUUUUUCACUGAUCUCUAACAGCUUUUCUUCAUGUCUCAUACUCCACUCUCCAUAAGCCAUGUAAGAUGGGUAAAGAGGAAACACAGACUGCAGGGUCUCUUUCCUGUCACACAAUGGUGUGGAAAGGUCAGGCCUAAUGAAGUCAGGGGUGUGACCCCAAGUAUUCAGUGACUUUGCAUGGGCCCCCAUCCUACCACUGCAACCAUGCCAGUUAAUCCCUUUUUGAUCCUAAUUGAUAGGCAUUAACAUGAUCCUUAUCCAGGAGCUGUGUUUUGUCUUCCACAGCCCUCCUCUCUGGGUGUCAGUGACACAAAGUGUGAAAGCGUUAAACCAAAUGUGAAAUUGAUAUUUUUCAUGUUUGUGUGCUGUGUAUCUAAACACUCACACAAAAGUGCUUGAUGCUUAAUGUUUGCCCUUUGAGGCUCUUAACAGGACUUAGCACAUGACCUCUAGAAUCCGACUGUGAGGUGAAUGGUACCAGCCCAUUUCCAGUUUGUUUUCCCCUGGCUCCUUUCAUCUUCAUCACUAGGUGAUUACGGCUUUAACUGUGAACUAAUUACCCUCUUUAAAAUGUUUGCACUGGCUUUGAAUCAGGGCCUUGUCACUUUUCUGGAUGUGUGGCCACUGCAAGAUUCCUCAAAUGAAAAUUUUCAACGGUUUUCAAGAGCUUUAUUUCAUUAACUUCUUUUAAGUAUUUAUUUACAUUCACAGAUUCUAAUAAAGCAAUCACUAUAAUCAUUCAUAGAAAUAGAAACAUAUACUAGCAACCAGUGUCUACAAGCAGUUACUAAUGAAGAGUGUUGAUUGCCUCUUUCUAGUUGAUGUAUCAUUAAGUAUGUAACUGUAACUGUAUUGGAUUGUUCAUAUUACUGCAUCUGUGCAUAAGCACUUAUCCACCCUCACAUCUGUGCUGGUUUGUUUUGUUUUACACUUUGCUCACUCUGAAAAUAAAUACAGAGAUUUUCUUCCUGCCUCUGUUUAAAAAGACAGUUUUAUAUAUGUGAACAAAAUCUGUUGCUUCAAAAAAUCUCACAACAACUUAGUCUGAGUGAUUAACAGCAAUACAGGAGAAAGAAGUAGGAGAAAUUACCUUUUUUGUCUCAUUCUGAUUUUAGGAUUAACACGGUGGGGUAGCAUGAAGCUCUACGUUUAGGACAACUUUAACUUUUUAAAACAAAAAUAUUACACAAAUUAAGAAAAGAGAGUUCAUUUUUUUUCAUUCAUUUUAUAACACUGAUUCUUUUGAUUCAAAGAAAAGUUAAGAGUUCUUAAGCAGCAAUAAUUUAAACAUUUAUAUAAAUCUUGUGUUUGUAUGGCUGAGAAUGAAGCGUGGAAAGUGAUGACAUAAACCCCAGCAUUUAUUUUAGUCAGUGUUUGCACAAAAUAAAGAAUAAAAGUUAGUUUACAAGGCAUGUCAUAGGAAGAAAUAAAAAUUGAGGGACUUAUCCAAGAAACUUUUUUUCAGCAUCGACUGAGUGUAGUCUUUAACCCCGAAUGUCUCUAAUAAUGUCUUACACUCCCAUCAAACACACCCUACAACUUUAACGUGUAAGUAUACACUUCAGUUUUGUCAAAAAAAACUUUAAUAAUUGAAAAUUAAAUCAGGCACCACCUCUGAAUUUCAUAUGGAGGUUAAAUGUUUCUGUUUAUGUUAACUUGUAUUUAGAUUUCCUGAAAUUACUCCUAUUGAAUAUCGAGGGGUGAUGCCAUUUCAGUAGAUUAAUACUGUAGGCAAACAUUAAGUAAACAGCAGCUGUAAAUGACCACACUCACGUGCUGGAUGAUAAGGCUUUCUGAUGGCAGAAUCAUGCUGAAUGACAUGUUAUAAUGUGGUCAGGAUUUAAUGUACUGAAAAGCUGUCACAGUAUGAAAAUCACCAACAUUUACCCAUAAUCUAAGUGUGGAUAUUUACUAUUAUAGUGUCUGUAUUAUUUAGUAUUACAGCUCUUCCAGCACCACUUUAUGUACAGUCAUAGUUAGUUAGGGAAUUUAUACUUUUUGAAAGAAAAAAAAAAAAACACAAAUCUUGUCAAGGAGACCACUAUGUUCAAAAAGUGUUAUUUGAUAUUGAUAAAGCAUCUCAAUAAUCAAGUGUACUGAUAAGGUUUUACACUCCUGUCAGACCGAACAACUGAUGCUGGGACAGAACUUGUGCAACUUUUCUUUCUUACUUAAGAUUUCCAAAUGUAAAUUAUGCCCACUUACUCUUAAACAUUCAUGCUUGAUAAAAGAAGUCCUUUAUUUGGACAACAUAUGUGUUAUUUUUUUCCCCCCUCUGUACUCUCAAACCUGCACAAUUAAGAGGCAGAUCUUGCCAUUGUGCUCAGCAGUGUGCAACAGCCCACUUUAGCUGGAAAAUGCCAGGUGUCGUGUUGGUUCUUGUUGGUUUCACACGGCGACUCGAGUCCCUCCCAGGAACGUAGCUCUCAGGUCUCCAUAGGAUUGAAUGUUAUUUCCAGCUUGUUUGUUGCAGUGAAUAAUGAGUUCUCUGUAAGGCCUGAUGACAUUAUUUAGAGAAUGCAGUGGAAAAAUAACUAAUUAUGGAGCUUAGAAACUACAGAUUGGGACUCUGCUUGUAUACUCCACUUGACUGCCACCACCUGCCCUCUAUAUGUCACACUCACUUCACUCAUCCAGCAGUUGUGAAAUGGAGCUGGUGUCUGCCAGUUAUGUGCAACCCCCAGCAGACACAAUGAAUCUUUUGAGGAUUGGACUUGAUAUCACUGCUGUUAUUUGGUUUUAAAACCAAAAAUCCGAAGGAGAUGGCCUACAGGACUGAGAGUUUGGUGAAAGAAAUAUUCAGUAAUAGUGAGACAGGAGAACUCCCCUCAGUGUUUCACCAAGGUGGUGGGAGAGUUUGGGAAGUAAGAAAACUGGAGUGAAAGUUCUUGAAAUGCUGUAUUUUUUUUUCCAAGUGUGUAAUGGCACACGUGGACUACUGGACUGUAUUUGUCUGAUGUGGCUUGACCUGCUGGUGAAAGAGCUUUGGCUUUCUUGCAUUUCUUAAGUGAUUUGGGAAUCAACAUUUGGCAGGGGAGGAACAUGAUGUGUAACAUAAGCACUUCAGUUUCUUCAGCUCUGGCUGUGGUUGUGAAUCCCGUUCCUCUGCAUUAUUUUUGCCCUCAACACUACUUGCAACAGCUCAAGUUUGACAUUGUCCAACUUCGAAAUGAAAAUUUUGGAGUUUUUCAGCCUUGCCCUGGCAAAGCAAGUUCUAAUUUAUUUAAGGUGAUUUACAAAAAUUUCAAAAAUUAAAACAUGUCUAAAAACUCUCAAUGCACAUCUGACACCCACACAUUUUUAAAUCAUUAUUUUACUUUAACAAACUGUACUUGUAAAUUGCCAUCCUGCAGCAUUUGGCCUAUUAGCCUUGGGAUUUUUUAUUAUGCUCUGGUCUACAUGAUUUUUAGAUUGUUUGGGAUCAAUAGAAACAAGGCCAAAACUAAAUUUUGAGUAAACAAAGAACAGAGCGGAGCAACAUCACCCAAAUCAAGUUUGUUUUGUAAGAGAUUCGACUCUGGGUGGGUGCGAGUGUGCAGAAAUGUAAAGAAAAAAAACAAGAUGUGGCUAAUUACUGCUAGCCAAGCCAUGUUAAUGUAUAUAAAAUUCAUGUCUGAGUGCAAGUCAAUACAACAAGCCUUGAGCCUUAUAGAGCUGUUAGGCGCCUUAUCUCUGAAGUUUGGAGCAUGUAUUCCUCGACUCAAACUUGAAUCACAAGAGGAGGAGAAAGUACCCAGCAGCUUGCCUGCUGCAGUUCAUUCUUUCAACAUUGUCUCAAAAUUAAGUGUACCUCCUCGAAAUGGCAUAGCUGGAAAACAGACAUCAAAUACUUCAAGGAUGUUGCUGCAUCACAGCAAGGAUGAGAAGAGCUUGUUGUCAUGUGUGAUGUAGGUCUUUAAAGACGUUGAGAGCUUCAGUAAAUUCUACCUUUCUCAUGGCGUAGCUGUCAAGAUUAGGACCAGCAGCCUGUCACCUGUUUUCCACGUGUUAAUUUGUAGUAUGUCAUCCAUUUUGCUAUUUUGAUUGGCAUCCUAUGAAUUGUGUGCACAUAUCUUUAGCAGGUUUAAUUAAUUAGUUCAGUUUCUUUUUUUUUUUACUCUGGUUUAGUGAUUUAUUUGUGGAUUCAAUAACUAAAAACUGAAAGUCUAGUACCUGUAUGUGCUUUACUCUGAAAAAUGGAGCAAAUGAGCAGGUAGAGAGGUGGCUGAGUAGUAGGACCUGUAGCAGAUGAAAACUGAGUAUGUAAGUGCCUGACUGAAUUGCUGUUUUAUUUAAUUUCUUGUUUGAAAAAUAUUGCUGAGUCACCCUGGAAAUACUGUACAUUUAACACCGAAGGGAAAAUUUGAGAAAAAUAGUGUAAUUAUGUAAUAAUGAAUUUCAGUUCUUGAAAUCAGCUUAGCAUAAUUUUUCUGACUUACAGCAACAAAAAGAAACUUUCUCAGAAAUGUUCUUAGGUGCAUGAAUUUACCUUGAAUAUUCUCCACCACAAAUAUGCAUACAUCUUAUAAAUCAUUUAAUCAUGAGUUCGGUUUGGCAGUACUAUUAAUGUGUGUUUUUUUUUUUUUGACCCACCAUAUUUGCUUUUUUACUCAGGAUGAUAACUAUUUACAUAAAUUACACCUGGACUCUUUGCUUUAUUUCUGCAGGAGUAAUCUGACUGAGAUUGUUGACAGUGAGAUGGUUUAUAGUCCAGGUUAUCAUCAUUAUUACUGAUGGAGUCAAAAUUUGUUAGACACACUUGUAGGUUUGAGAAUGUUUUGGUUAAUGUUGAAAUGUAGCUGUACAUUACUGUUUUUUCUUUCCUUUUUUGAUAUGAAGACAGUAGAAUUGCAUCAUGUCAUCCAAAUAUAUACAUUUUUGGGAAUCUUUCUGCUUUUCCACGGAUUGUUCUUCAACCAUCCGUGUUGCUUUGAUUAUGCCAGCCAAGAGCUGAAUUCAGAUUUUCAGCUUUGUUAGUUUUCAUAACAAAGCUGGUGGUCCCAUAUGGGCAGGCUAGUCAAUCCAACUUCACUUCCCAAUGCUGCACAUUCACCUUUCUCCUGACAAAACCACUCAAGAUCAAGGGCAGCAUCACCUUUGCCACUAAUGAGGUUGUUUAUUUACCAAAUUUCCUUGUGGACUGCAGUAGAAAAACAAGCCAUGCAUAGCGGAGCAUAUAAUCAGUAUUAGCAAAUCAGAGCUCCAAAAGCCUGGAUUUGUACUCUCAGUAACUGUUAACCGUGUGACUGACCGAAGGAACCACCAUGCAAAAACUUGUAAACCUUUUAAAGAGGCUGCUGAGCUGAACUGACUGUCAACUGAGGAAAGGAUUGAAGGAUUUUAAAGGAAAUAAUCUCCUGAAGAACAAAAUUAUUCUAGGCUGGUCUUUUGUGAUUAGAACAUUUCAACUUCAUUCAAUACUUUAUACUCACCUGAUUUUGUGUUUCAGUUACCCAGAUGUUUUGAUCUUUAUUGUAUUUUAUUACCCUCAUUGUUUAACUGAAGCGUCUAUCUGCUAAUAACACCUAACAUACCAGAGACUAAAGACUUAGGAACAAAACAGAGUUCACAGAGGAAGAAUCUCAACUCUUGACUUACUUCAUCACAUUUGCCAACAAGUUAAAAAUACAAAGAAUAUUAGGAGAAGUAUUAGUUGGCAGCAUAUUUUAGCUAUAACAGAGGUCUAAUAAUCAGCCGCUGGAUUUUGUGAGGCUUUUCAAAGCAACAUGAGCUGCAAUUAGACCAAAUAAUCUGUGUCCAAACAGCAGCUGCACCAGCUUUUGAAAAAAGGCAAAAUCAUGACAUCAUACGCAAAACACUGUCACUCAGUUUUAGCACAGGGGUGCAUUGUUAUACUGGCUACUGUUUCUGUCGUGCUGCAGUGUAUUAUCACAAAUUGUAUGACUGUAUUAUUCCUCUUUUCAUUUCAGUCUUAUGUAGAUCAUAAAUCUUCAUGGUAGCAAAGCAGAGAUGUGUUUAAACUGAUUUAGAGCCUCUGAGCACUGAUGAUAUAUGUAAAAGUGAUGUUAUAUGCGUGGUCGGUGCACAGCAGAAUUCUAUUCCUGGUUAAAUCCAUCUGUAGUUUGCAGACCUGCUUGUCAGAGCCCGUGCACACUGCUUUAUUUGCUGAUUUAGAUUGGGUUCCAAUCUCUGCGUAAACGUGUGAGGCUUUACUGUAUGUUUGCUUAUCUGUCCAGCCAUCCCAUCUAUUCAAACAGCGGCCCUUUCAUUUAAGGCUGGGUGCUGGCUGGGCUUAUUUCUUUUUUUUUUUUUUUUUUUUUUUUCCUGGGACCUUUUCUGUUAUUUUGGGACCAGAUGGCGAGGGGCACGGAAGCGCCUCUUUUGUCCAGGCGUCCCAGUGAAAAGAGGCUGUCCUCCCUAAUGUAAUCAGCGGCACCGGAAGGGUCCAUUUUGGGCUGUGAAAGAAGACAAUCAGGUCUGGACACGUCUAGAUUACAGAAACGUAGAGUUCAUCUCCUGACCCUGCCCCCUUUGACCAAACCCCUGGCAUGUAGGAUCCUCAGCUUUGAUCAGUGGAGGGUGGAGGUGCUGAUCCGACCUCACUGGGGCCAAAGGCCAGCCCCCACCCUGCCCUGUUUACCCUGCACUUGGCUGCUGCUGACACCUCCUUCCGGAAGGAACCAGGGGGCGAUGGGUUGGUAUGGGCACGGGGGGAUACCAUGACCUGUCUAGACACCGUUACUUGUUGCCCUGGUGUUGCCAAGGGGAUAUGAUGAACUUUGACCUCAAAUGUGGUUGGUUAGAAGCCACUCAGGUCUUCAAGGAUGUCAUUUUUUUUUUUCCUUUUAAUUUUCAGGAUUGGGGGGUGGGGAAAUGGGGCGUGAGUACGGAUGUGACCCACAUUAUACACAAUCUGCUUUGAGGGAAAGAAUGAGUUUGAUGGCGAAACUUUCUUUUGUAGUGUAAUAAAAUGUGUGACAUUUUCCAUCAACAUACGGGACGUCAGGAUGCUCACAUAGAGAACAAUACUGCUGACAAACUUUGCUGUUAAAAUCUAAAACGACGACUUGUUAUGGCUUGGCUUUUUCUGAUCCCACGAUGACACUUUUUGAAGGACUGGAGAUGUUCUUUAUUUGAGGGAUAAUCCUACGACAACAAAGCCCUGCAUUUUUUUUUUUUUUUUUUGAAGCAUUGAGGAGAUUUUCUUUCACAUACACAAUAGGUAAUUUCUAAACUUAAUAUCCGUCUUAUCUCGCAAAGUAUAUUGUACAAGUAGCUAUAAGUAACUCCAAAAAAAUAUCCUGACACAUGUAUUUACUGACUUAGCUUAGUAAUGCUUUCCCAUGUGAGUGGAGUGUUGUGUUAAGAUCUUAUUUUAUAAAUGUUUGCAAUUAUGAGCCAAAGACAGAUUUCAACCUUAGGCAGACAUACAGUAAUUUUGCUGUGUAUUCUUUUCCUGUUAUUUUAUAUGUGCUUGCAUUAAAUUGUGAUUUUAGUACAUGACCAAAAUGUAGCUCUUUACGACACACUGCUUUCUAGUCUUAUUAAUGCAUCUUUUUAGAGCAAGAAUUAAAACGGAUUUGCACAGGUAAGCUGGAUGAUGUUCAUCUGAGUCAAAGUACUACAUAAAAUAACAAGUAGACAUUAAUGCUGACCUACAAUCUAGAUAUAUAGACUCAAAAAUGGGCCUUUUAAAAAUAGACUUUUUAAAGAAGUUUUGGUAGAUCAGGAUCAUUUUUGUCUAUUGUCGUUUGAAAGUUGUCAGAAAUGCGUGUCUAUAUCGGUGUCUAUUCUCCAAUGAGUUUGACAUGCGUGCACAGAUGUACACAUGCUGUCGGUUGUUGGUAUAUUCUUAGCUACUACAUGCUGUAAUUCAUUCUAGAACUACAGUCGCUUGUCUUGGCCUUAUAAACAACAAGGCCCAGUGUGUGAAUUGGCUUUGAUGUUAGGGCUGUUCCUCAGGAGUGGGUGUAGUGAUUCCACCAUCAUGGCCGCCGCUACCAACCCCGCCCUCUCGCCUGCCACUCAGGAACAGUUAAAAUGGCAGCAUGCAGCAAAAUGAGUGAGAAGGAGAAAGAGAGAGACGCCCACUACUAUGAGCUAAGGCACGGUCGACUGAGCUGCAGCUCGCCUUGUAUGCCAACUCAAACUGAGAUGAUUAUUUUUGGUGUAUUCUGCCGUCUGAGAACAAUGUAGAAUCUGAGGAAGUCUAGACAGGUAGAUAGAGCUCAAAUCAGCGAAGGGUCAACAGCUUUUGUCACAGUUUAAUCCAAAACUGGUGAAUAAUAGUUCAAGCCACAUUUUUUCAAAGUAGAAAGCUAAAGUUGCUGAAUGUUGUUUUUUUUUUAUUUUUUAUUAUUUCUUACUUCAAUGUUGAAUCUCAUUACAAAAAAAGACCCAAAUAGAGCUCGCGAAACCAUCGUAACUGUAUUUUCAAAGUUCACAUUCAACCAAUCAGACAACUUUGGUGAAAAAUAACAUUAUUUUGGUUCAUUGUGGCCCCUACUAUAAUAUGAAGUAAGCUUUUUUACCCUUCACUUCAGUGUUUGGCGGGCUGCCAUUUUAUUCUUCAAAGUCGCGCUUGCAGUCUGGCACAAUAGGAGUGGGCCCUCUCUGAUGAUCACAGAAUGCUCUUCUUUGUAGCAUAUAACAUGCACAAACUUGCUUUGUCGGACAUGUACUGUAAACGUGUCAUUGUGGGAACGUCUUAGUUUGGGUUUUAGCAUUCGCCACAGCGUCAUAUUUAUUCUGAAGUGGUGUUGUACAGUAUUUCAGUCCUAAAUUCAUUUUUAAUGAACAAAGAACAAAGUGCUCUGAUCAGUGACCGUUAAAAGCCUUUGCUCUUUUCCCAAACAGCUCUAUGCGUGCGCUUAUUAUGUCAUCCAACUAAUACCAAUUAAAGCCUGUACACCACACCAACCUAGUGCUGUUUCAAUGAGGUGGAGACACACUUAAGUGGAUCAUAGCGCAGACAUGUGUGUAUCCAGCCUCGGUAAACAGUCUGAAAUUAAGUAUUACACCCAUUCAUUUUAAAUCCUUGCAGGUCUGCCUUCCACCUCGUAACAACUCCAUUGCAAGGCAUCCCACAUCCAAACAGCAAGGAGGAGAAUUUUAAGGUAAAUGUCCAAAUCCUCUAUUUUUAGAUCUUCCAACUCACUCAGAAUGACAUUUUAUUAUUGGCUCGUGGUGUGAAUGUGUAUUUUUCUCUUCCCCUCACAGUGCAGAGAGCUGGUGGUGAAACUAGGAAGGAAGAUGUCAUGCUAAGGAUGGGUUUUGGUGAUGAUGUUGCUGCUGUUGAUGCAGCAUCGAGCUCUCACUUUGUGCCUCUGUCAGCUAUGAUGCGUAACCGCAAAGUGAGUGACAGGCCGGUCCCCGGGGAGAGCAGGGGGCCUGAGGUGAGUCAGAUGUAUCCUUGACCCUGUCGAGCUGUGUCAGCAAGCAACACAAACUCAGUAAGAAAAGCCAGAAAUGGCAUGACUGUCCAUUGUACAUCUUCAUUUCGUAUGUAGAAAAAGAACCGAGGACAAACUAGGAAACACUACCACCUUGACUGUUUCUGCUCAAGAGUUCUGUGUUUUUUUACGCACCAACUCCCUCAACUUUUUUAACAUGUAAUUAUCAUGCAGACUUUCACAUUACCGCUGAUAUCUUUGGAACCUUUCCUGAGUGCAUUUUACCCAAGUACAGAAAGUUUAACUGUUUCUCUUAUAUUAUUGGGAACCCAUCUGAAAUAAAAAAAACUGGUGCAGAGUUCUGCAUGUUCUCAACAACAUGCAAUUCAGGGAAUUUUGUGUGUAGUCUUGAACACAUAUCUGGGAUCAAACUUUAGUGAGAGACGUCAGAGAGAGGGAGUGUUGUUUUUGUGUCAUUCCAAAGAAUAAAAACUUAAAUUUAAGCUUGUUUAUUUCGAGCAUUUUGCUUGGUUCCUCUCUUGUGUUGCCUUCAUUUCAAGUUACGAAUUCAGAGAUUCUAGGAAGAGGUAGGUAAGUACGCAUUUUUUACAUUUUCAUGUUUCAGACUUUGUCAGAGAAGCUUGAAGACAAAACAGCCCUUGUUAGGAUAUAUUUUUAAGAAACAGGGCCUAACAGUGAAUCAGCAAAGAAACUGGAGAAGUUUUGAGACUUGAGGUGGUCUAAAAUUAGGGGUAAUAUUUCAUGUAUAAAGCAUGAAAAACGGUUUGAAAAAUAUUUUCCACACACUUCUAGUUCAAAAAUGUGUAAUUGGUGCUCAAAAUUUCCUCAAAGUUGAACCCGGUGAUUAAGAAAUUUGCAGAGAGACGCAUCUCGUUUUUUGAUCUCUCAGAUUUUCCUCAGAUUACUCAUUCUGUAUGGGAGAGCAGCGAAAGGCAAUUAUGAAAAAUUUUACAGAAAUUGUAUUUUUAUCACUUGUAUUAUAUUAUAUUUUGUGCUGAAAGAAUAAUUUGACAAACUGUUAUGUUGAUUAAAAGAACUGAUUCUGACAAUUUUGAUAAUUGAAGUAUUCAACAAGUACAAUUGGGAAACUCAUCAUGCCUUCAUCUUGUAAACCCCUCAUGGUCUUUGGGUUUUUAACUCUUGGUUGAACAAAAACAUGCAAUUUUCAGACAUGGCCAAACUAUAAUGGGUGUUUUUUCGGGAGGGGUUUCUGUUAUUUCAAAUUGAACCACUAUUUGUUAAAUGAAGCAAAUAUUUAAACUUUAAAAGUGAUCACUUUUAAAUGAUAGAAAAUCUGCCGAGGUUUGGUGACCUGUAUUUGUAGUUGUGUUGGCUCUGUGAGGAAAUUCUGCUUCUAUUUGGUAAAACUUUUACACAUACUUAUACAAAGUUUGAACUGACCAUCGUUUUUAAGGUUUCAGGGGUUUUUAUUGGGAUCUGUUUCUAUAUGACAGCAGGGAGUUUAACAAAAUGAAAUCAAUGUAAUGUUACAUGCACUCUGCCAAUAAACGUGGUAAGAAAGUGAUGCAAUCUGCUUUAUCUUCUGAAAUGUAUGUAAGUCAGUUUUUGUCCUUUUUAUUGAAUACUAACUUUUUUUUAAUGUCUAUCCUUUAUGAACAAUUGUUUCUUCUGUUCUCUCUUUACCUCAACAGCUUCUCUUAAAAAAAGGAUUUUUUUACAGCACAUCCUUGAUACACUCUGUAGACAACAAGUUAUUUUGGUUAACUACAUUUUAAACAACUUUGCAGAGUUUGAGAGCCAAGGUUUUUUGUUUUUAUUCAUCUCCCUGAAACAGGACACAUCUCCUCCUGAAUCCAGACAUGGUAGCUACAUGGGAAAUGUAAGAGGACACUUGUUUAUCCUGAAUGUUGUUAAGUGAACAAAAAGAAUCCUCACCCCAAAAGUCUUACCAUCUCCCUUUAACUUUUUUUCAAGGAGGUCGCUCAAACACGGUGUGUGAAAUGAGAGUUGCCUGGGUGUGACUUUUCCAGAAAGCAUCCGCUUGCUAUUGUCUGCCUAGUCAACUUCUGCAGGCCCCAGCACCCUGACUUCCAUACAUGAGAGAUCAAGGGUUACCAAGGUGCUUUUGAGAAAGGAGGGCUCAAUGUGAGCGGGGACAAACCGGUCCACAAAAUACUCAUUUCCUUUGCAUGUUAGGUGCCCUAGUGGGGCUUCAGACGGGGUCACUGACAGCUUCUGGGGUAGAGUUUUCUCUUUUUUUCCCCCCUUUCGUUGUUCUUAAUGAAAAUUGUUGCUCGCCUUUCCAGUGGCUUGCUUUCUGCCUCCUGUGUACAGUAUGAGGCUUGAUAAUGUGCUGAGUUUGUCCUAAAGAAAGUUUGUUCAGACUCUGGCUGUUUAUCCGGAGCCAGACAGAGGCACCUCAUGUAGAAAAGGUAAAAGUAAUUCUGUUCACCUCUCAUUCUUGCCGAAAAGUUCAGUCACUGAGCCACGGCAUUAACUUGUAUUCUAACAAGAUUAAAAUAUAUUCGUCCUGGGGAUUAGCAUAGUUAGGUGUCCUUUUGCCUCUUUUUUUUUCCUGCACUGGUGCGGUGACAGUGGGCUUUGAUCUGUGUUGCGAGGCAAGAGUCCUGGCUUGGACCUAGCCAUUCGAGUGCCAAGUGUGAAAUUGGCCUGAUGUCAUCCCCAUUCUUCACCUUUUACAUCUUUCACCACUUUAAUUAUGUUUCCGCCACAAAGCCCGGGCACCUCUGAGCAGAUUCCACUCUGGCCGGAGGAAGCAUUUAGAAACUGUGGGUAAAUGACACAGUAGGGAAGGGGGGGAGGAUGGUGGGAGAGGUCAUUGCAGGAUGGGGGCUCUUUUGUGUUUGGUGGUAGACAUUGAUACUUUCCUGAUGUCUCCUGUGCUUACUUCCAUCAGUACAGCACAAGGACUUUGCCCGAUCUAUCUCCAGAAACUAACUUUUUCUCCAGACAUCUUUUGAAACUUCUUCAUCCUAGCCCAAAGUGUUUACUUCUCAGUGUUGUCUACACUGAUUUCUUCUGUGUGCUAUCAUUCAUUAUGUUUUUACAGCACAAAGUUUCAGCUGUGUAAAGCGAUCAAGAGCCUCAACAAGCUGUGUUUCUGGCCACUUGACCCCUUCAGUUUCACUUCUAGAUCAAUAACUCUCCCAUAAACACUUUUUUUAUUCCAGGAGAAUGUCCCAUGUAUGCAGCCUUUUCCAGCUUCAGCUAUUGUUAAUGCAUCGGUGUCCCUAUCUGAACUUCAGGGGACUCUCCUGCAAGGGAAUAUUUUGAUGAAGGUUCCUAUUGAUGCCCUGAAUGAAAGGACCAAAACAACGAGGGGUAUGUGUGCAUGUGACGAAGAAGUGAAAUGAAUGAAGUGUUUGGGGACGUGUGUGUGCCAGGCAAGAAUGAAAUAAAAACAGAGUGGUAGUAUGAUGUGUGUGUGUGUGUGUGUAUAUGUGUAUGUGUGUGUGAGAGAGAGGGUGAGUGAGUGAGUGAGGGGGAGAGUAAGAGUUGGUGAGUGAGAAAGCUGUGUGUGGAGAAUGGGUUACUGAGAGGAGAGGAGGGGGGAAAACCAGCCACCUGCAGCCAUGACAGGCUUUGACCUUCAUUGCUCUCUCUCUCUCUCUCUCUCUCUCUCUCUCUCUCUCUCUCUCUCUCUCUCUCUCUCUCUCUCUCUCUCUCUCUUGAGUGUGUCUCUCUUUCUCUCCCCCUCUCCCUCCCUCUCCUUCUCCUUUCGACUCUCAUUUCUGCCCUGCCAUAGAUGCCCAGGCUCUUUUCAGACACGGCGAGGAAGACUGACCGUCGUGGGGACAGUGCUGGGAGCAGCCCUAUCUGCUCCAAUGCUAGUCACUGGCCGUUAGACAUGGCGUUCAAAGACUAG